AUGCUGAACUGUAUGUGUUCUGCCUGGAGUGCCUCUACACUACUGCUGCUGCUGCUGCUGCUGCUGCUGGAGGAACCACUGCUGGCACAACUGCUUCCCGGCUCCUGUAACUUUGAACUGGGCACAUGUGGCUACACGUCAGACCCUCACUAUGGCUCCUGGGCUGUCAAUGAGGAAGGGCACAUGAUCAGCCUGGACUCAGACCUGCAGAACCCGGAGGAGCGCGCGGUUCUGAUCAGCCCGGUCCUGGAGCAGCAGGAGUGGAGCUGUGUGCGUCUGGUCUAUCAGCUCACAGGGAACAGCUCUCUCUUGUUGCACAUGAGGUCAGCGCAACACAACUUUGACCGCACACUGUGGAAGGCGCACACAGCCUCCGACAGCUGGCUCAUUGCGAGUGUGGAUCUGCCCAACACCAGCAAACCCUACCAGAUUCUGUUGGAGGGCAGACUUGAGAAGACGUUGCAAAGCAGUGUUGCCAUUUUUGAAAUCCACAUCGUUCCUGGUUAUUGCAUUGAGUGUAACUUCGAGGAGCAUCACUUGUGCGGCUAUAGUAACAGCUGGAAUCCAAACGUAAACUGGUACGUGGGCGGCAGUCUGGCCAGCGAGUCCAACCUGCUGGAGGCACAGAGGCACUACCCACGCUCAGGACACUACAUGUAUGUGGACUCAGUGUACGCCAAGCAGUUCCAGGAAGUGGCCUACCUCACGUCCCCCAUGACCACGGCUCCCAUGAGCGGCUGUCUGUCCUUCUUCUACCUCCGCAACCAGGACAGAGACAACCUGUUCUCCGUCUUCACCAGGGACCUGCUGGGACACCACGAGGAGCUGUGGAGACCUGAGGCGUUCGUGUCUAUGGGCUGGACCUACGUCAGCGUGGACAUCAAGGCCCCACACCCUCUGGAGGUGGUGUAUGAGGUGGCCUUCAACAGCCCCAGAGGAGGUUACGUGGCCAUCGACGAUAUCUCCUUUUCUCCGGAUUUCUGCCACAAUGACACCGAGCCAGACUUUGAUCCUUCUGUGGCCAACUGUGACUUUGAGGAUGGAUUGUGUUUGUACUCUCUGGAGUUCAGAGCGUGGAGCAGGACAUCGGUCAGAGCCAAUAUGUACAGGACCGGAGACCACACCACAGGAACGGGGUACUUCUUGCAGACCAACACCCCGUUCUCGUCGCGGGGCGCUCACAUUGACCGCCUUCACGGGCCGCUGUUGCCUGGAAACACAAAGUACUGCCUGAGUUUCUUCUACCUGCUGCACGGCUUCAGGAAGUCGGACCACGCUCUGUCCGUCUACAUCUACGACGAGAACAACGUGGCUCUGGAGAAACUGUGGACCCUGACAGGGACUGACGCGUCCAGAUCUGUGUGGCACAAAGUGGACCUCACCUACAUGAAACCCAUGAGAUCAAAGGUGGUGUUUGUGAGCCUCUGUAAGACCUUCUGGGAGUGUGGUUCUGUGGGCCUGGACGACAUCAGCGUGAGAGUGGGAGAUUGCCAGGUCACUACAGUCUCCAUAGUGACGCGGUGCGACUUUGAGCAGGACCUGUGUGGAUACGUCCAGGACCAGGAGGACAGUGCUGAUUGGCUGAGAGUCAGAGGAGUGACCCCCACCUCCUACACUGGGCCCCGAGGAGACCACAGCACAGGGGUGGGGUUCUUUCUGUACAUCGAGGCCUCCCUGAUGCGUCCGGGACACAGGGCGCGGCUGCUCAGUCCACAGCUGCGGGGCUCCUCCUCCGCUCAGUGUCUGCUCUUUAACUUCCACAUGUACGGCUCUGGGACGGGCAUCCUGAGGGUCCUGCUGAGGCGCACGGACCCCCCACGAGACACGGUCCUGUGGAGGAGGGCCGGGGAGCAGGGCGUGGGCUGGAUGAGAGCCGCUGUGGACUAUCACUGCGACCAUGCUCACCAGAUGGUUUUUGAAGCUACCAGAGGCCCGUCCCUCAGGAGUGACAUUGCAUUAGAUGACAUCGAGUUUAAACAAGGCCCGUGUGAAGAUCACGCUGAGUCGUAUUCCGGCUUCUCUGAGGACUUCAAUGACAUCGAGAGUUACUGA